CUUCUAUAAGUUAACUCGUAACUUGUCAACAAUCACUGGAUCUAUGAUGUGCACGCAAGGGCACUGACAAGCAGCCCUAUUGGAUGUAACCGCGCCCUUGUCUUAUUCUGACCAAUGGGAGUCGCCUUAAUGUAAGCAACCCGGGGAAUUGAGUAAAGAGAGCAUAUCCUUAAAUGGUAUUUCUGUCCUAAUAAGGUACAAGUCCUGUAGAGCACGACCUUACCGGACUGUUUAGUGUCACUUUCAAGAGGUUCGUAAUUAUGUGUUUCUGAGAUGGAACUGACAUCCAACGGAUAAACAUCGUACGGCUCUAUCGGUGUGUUAUGUUGGAGGUGGUCGCUGUAUAACUUCGCUGUAUAGGAUUUUUACCGAUGUGUGGAUGUUGUUAUAAGCAUUCCGUUUUCUGAUGAGACUUAGUCUUUAAAUCGGUAUUUCGCGACGUAUAUAAAUGCAUGCUGAUCCGCUGGUAUAAACGUAACUGUGGUCAGUAUAUGUAUAUUUGAUAUAUAUUUUUUGGUUGUAUGUCUUUCUUAAAACACAGGCUUUAGCGUUCGCAACUUUCGCAAGCCGAGGAAAAUGUGCGAUGUUUCGAUGUUUAUUUUGAAGCCGGAGGCUGCAUUCUUCGGUAACCUCUGAAACUGGCUUUUGGGAACUGAAGUUUGAUGAAGUAGUCCAUCGCCGACGCCUUGCCUUUAACCGAGAAUAUGUGGACUAUAUUCAGGGCGAUCUGAACUGUGGCAAAGUGCAAACGGCAAAAAAAACAACAACGUGUUUCUGCUUGUUUGGGGGAUUCUCUCAGAUACCAUCUCUAACCUUUCAUCUCAACAGCUCGUGACUGAAGUUUAAAAUACAAAUUUAAAGUGCGGUUUGUAAAUAUUUUAAGGGAAUUCCGCUUCUGGAUGAAGAGAGAAAGGCUUUCUAACCGGCAUUAUCACGUAUCGUCCGGAAGGAGCUUUAUCUUCCUGCGCUAAAGCAAGAGACGACUUAUUGCAUCUCUCGCCUAAGACGAACUGCUGCUAGGUAGCAUGGCAAUGGUAGUAAACCCCUGGCAAGAGAACAUUUCGACAGAUCCCGGGUCACAGCUGCAGAUCUGCAGCCAGGAGCCGGGUGGGACACCGGGAACACCCUCCGGUUCCACCUCGGGGAAUGAUGUCCUUUCUGGAGAGAAAAUUCCUAACGUGGACUGCAUGGUUUGCGGAGACAAGUCAAGCGGGAAGCACUACGGUCAGUUUACCUGCGAAGGGUGCAAGAGCUUCUUCAAACGCUCCGUGCGGCGGAAUCUGAGUUACACUUGUCGGGGAAACCGCGACUGCCCUAUCGAUCAGCACCAUCGGAAUCAAUGCCAGUACUGCCGCUUGAAGAAGUGUCUAAAAGUCGGGAUGAGAAGAGAGGCUGUCCAGCGGGGGCGCAUGUCCAACACCCAGUCCAGCCCCGGUCAGUACUUGGCCAAUGGCAGCGAGCCAUACAACAGUCAGCCCUACUUAUCAGGCUUCAUCUCGCUGCUGCUGAGGGCCGAACCUUACCCCACAUCACGGUAUGGCGCCCAGUGCAUGCAGUCCAACAACCUGAUGGGCAUCGAGAACAUCUGCGAGUUGGCUGCCCGGCUGCUCUUCAGCGCCGUGGAGUGGGCCAAGAACAUCCCCUUCUUCCCAGACCUUCAGCUCAUGGACCAGGUGGCACUGUUGCGCAUGUCUUGGAGUGAGCUCUUUGUGCUGAAUGCCGCCCAGUGCUCUAUGCCUUUGCAUGUGGCGCCCCUGCUGGCGGCUGCCGGCCUGCACGCCUCGCCCAUGUCCGCCGAGCGCGUGGUGGCCUUCAUGGAUCACAUCCGGGUCUUCCAGGAGCAGGUCGAGAAACUGAAGGCGCUGCAGGUGGACACGGCCGAAUACUCCUGCCUCAAGUGUAUCGUGCUGUUCACCUCAGACGCUAUGGGCCUUUCGGACGUGGCUCACGUGGAGAGCAUCCAGGAGAAGUCUCAGUGUGCCCUGGAGGAGUACGUGCGUAACCAGUACCCCGGGCAGCCUAACCGCUUUGGGCGGCUGCUCCUACGGCUACCGUCGCUGCGCAUCGUCUCCUCGCCGGUCAUCGAGCAGCUCUUCUUCGUGCGUCUGGUGGGGAAGACGCCCAUCGAGACACUGCUGCGCGACAUGCUGCUGUCUGGCUCCAGCUACAACUGGCCCUAUGUGCCCGUACAGAGGGACCGGCCGCUGUCCCUCCACUACAACGAGAACGGACCUUGACCUCCCCCCGUGUCACCGCACCCUGCCUCGCUCAGGGACCCAGCCCUCGGGACACAUCACACAUUUCAUUCUACAGUACUGCUUAAUCAUGAGGUCGUGUCUCCUAUGAAGAUGUGUGACUUACUGAUGAAGCCUCCACUUAGACUGUUUGGAACUACAGUUGGCAUGGCGUCACCACGAGAAUCGGGACACUUUGAUUUAUACCAAACGUUCUGUGUUUCUGAUCCUGCCAGGCAGUUCCAAAACCUCACAUCCAGUGCCUAGUUUGCUGCAACGUCAUGGAAAACUCAUGAUAAUAAGUUGGAUGGUCACCAAAACCAGCGAAUGAAACUGGUCCAUAUUUUGGCUCAAGCAGAUU